CUCCCAUGCGCCGGAUUACCACUGACCACUUCACAGUCACAGUAGUACAGAGCAGCAGAGUGGAGAAGUAGACUCUAGGUGAGAUGGCGGCCGUGGUGGCGGCGGUGGAGGCAGGGGUGGUGGCGGUGGCAAGCGGGAGGGGAUGCAGCAGCCGGCUGGUGCGGGGCCUCUACUGGCGCCUGCGCGCGGUUCUGCGGCGGCUGCGGUCGGAGCGAGCCAGGCGCGGCAGGAGGUUCAGCUUCCACUACGACGCGCUCAGCUACGCGCUCAACUUCGACGACGGCCGCGCCGCCCCCGCCCCGGCCCCCGCCGCGGCCGACCUCGUCCUUGCCCCCGGCGACAACGACGCGCUACGGUGAAUCGGCGUCCGACGAUCCGCUGCCAAGAGCCAGAUGGGGUCUCUCUUCCUUGCUCCGGACGCCGCUUGCUUUUUUCCACUCUCCUGUGGUCUCGCUUUUUCGAUAAAUAGGGGUUGUGUAAUGGAAAAAAGGAAGAUGGUAGGGUGGUGUCGCCUCCGCGUUCUGCGAUUCUUUGCAUUGACGCGCAGCUAGCUAGCUAGGGGGAUUGCGCGGGCUCCCGGUGAUCAGGAAAGCAGCGCUUCGGCGCUGCGGUGACGCCGUGAUUUGCAGGGAGAUCGAGAGAAACACAUGUGUUCUUCUUCGCCGUCUCGGUGCUUGCUUCCUUUCUCGAGUAGUAUUAUUUCUUGCUUGUGCUUCAGAAUUCCUCGUGUGGUUCGAUCCUGCAAAUUUUUUCCCC